CCGAAACCAAUCUUAGCCGUCACAACGAACACGUUCCCCCUUUUUUCUAAUUUUUCCAAUUCCCAAUCUACCCUCCAUCUUCUCUCCAUCCUUUCCACUCCUUUUCUUUCUCUCUCUCCACUCUCCCAAAUCCAACAAAUUAUUAUUCUUCUUGAAUAGGGUUUCCUUUCCUCACUCGCCUCUAUUUGCCAAUUAACAGUUUUAUCCAAAAUCCCCCUUCGCCCAAAUUAGCUAUUUAUUAGCGAUUGGUGACACAAUCUCUGAAGGUAGGGUUCAUGGGUGAUCGGGGUUCCGGCGUCGCGAAGCCCAUUUGGAUGAAGCAAGCGGAGGAGGCCAAGCUCAAGAGCGAGGCGGAGAAGGCCGCGGCGGCCAAGGCGGCGUUCGAGGCCACCUUCAAGGGUUUGGACAACAGCCGCGAGAAGGGGACAGCCCAAUCGGACAGCGAGUCCGAGGAGUACGAGGACCUGGCCCACAAGCCCAUUGGGCCCGUCGAUCCGUCCAAGUGCACCGCCGCGGGCACUGGGAUUGCCGGCGGGACGGCCUGCGCCCCGUCGUCCUUCGUGGUGGUGGCCAAGGACGCCGACGAGAGGAAGGUUUCCGGCGGGGGCGCUCAAAUCAAGGUGAAGGUGACGCCGGGGUUGGGCAAUGGAGGGUCUGACCAGGAAGGGAUGGUUAAGGAUAUGGGGGAUGGGACGUACACUGUGACUUACGUGGUGCCUAAGAGAGGGAAUUAUAUGGUUAGCGUUGAGUGUAAUGGGAGGCCUAUCAUGGGGAGCCCCUUUCCUGUGUUUUUCAGUGCAGCAGGUAAUAGCAGUGGGGGGCUGCUGGGUUUAGCUCCUGCAUCUACAUUUCCAAAUCUUGUUAAUCAAACUAUGCCCAACAUGCCGAAUUACUCUGGGUCAGUUUCAGGGGCAUUCCCUGGAUUGUUGGGGAUGAUUCCAGGGGUUGUUGCUGGAGCUUCUGGGGGUGCUAUUUUGCCUGGAAUUGGGGCCUCACUUGGGGAAGUUUGUCGUGAUUACCUUAAUGGGCGAUGUGCCAAAGUUGAUUGUAAGUUGAAUCACCCACCUCAUAAUUUGUUAAUGACUGCCUUGGCUGCGACAACCUCCAUGGGAACACUUAGCCAAGCUCCUAUGGCACCUUCUGCUGCUGCAAUGGCUGCAGCUCAGGCAAUAGUUGCUGCCCAAGCUCUUCAAGCCCAUGCAGCUCAGGUUCAAGCUCAGUCUGCGAAAGAUUCUUCUGGUUCACCUGAAAAGGCUAGUAAGGAUGAUGCAUUGAAGAAAACCCUUCAAGUUAGCAAUCUUAGCCCUCUUCUCACUGUGGAACAGCUAAAACAACUCUUUGGCUUCUGUGGCACUGUUGUUGAAUGUACAAUCACUGAUUCAAAGCAUUUUGCUUAUAUAGAAUACUCAAAGCCUGAAGAGGCAACUGCUGCUCUGGCAUUAAACAACAUAGAUGUUGGGGGGCGCCCUUUGAAUGUUGAAAUGGCAAAAUCACUUCCGCAGAAACCAUCUGCUGUGAAUUCUUCACUUGCUUCAUCAUCGCUUCCUUUAAUGAUGCAGCAAGCUGUUGCAAUGCAACAGAUGCAAUUCCAGCAAGCACUGCUAAUGCAACAAACUAUGACUGCACAGCAAGCUGCUAACCGAGCUGCAACCAUGAAAUCAGCCACAGAGUUAGCAGCAGCCCGAGCUGCAGAAAUAAGUAAGAAAUUGAAUCCUGAUGGACUUGUAAGUGAAGAGAAAGAGACAAAGCAGAAAUCAAGAUCGCCCUCUCCUCCUCCCCCUCGUGGAAGAUCUCGAUCGAAGUCAAGAUCUCCUAUCAAUUAUCGGAGAAGGAGGAGGUCUCGCUCUUAUUCACCUGCUCGACAUUCAAAGGAUCAUCGCUCUAGGUCACCACUGAGGUCACAUCAUUACCUGAGCUAUGAAAGGGAAAGGCGGUCCUUUAGAGAUAUUAGGGAACAUAGUGAUAGAUACAGAAGACGGGAUUCAGAAAGGUCACGUGAUCACCGUUCAUCUGUUUCAAGAAGGAACAGAAGUAGGAGUGCAAGUCCUAAUGCGAAGAAAUCAUCUGUCUCUCCAAAACGUCAUAGAGAAACUUCACCUCAGAGAGGAAGGAAACAGUCACGUGCUGAUUCUGGCUCUCCAAGUCAUCACAGGGGAAGUAGGUAUUCUCCAAAGAUUGAUGAAAAAAAACUAAGAAACAGGAGACGCUCCAGGUCAAGAUCUUCGGACGAUAGACUUCACUCUAGCAAAAAUGAAGAAACCUUGCAUGGGAAGUCUAAACACAGAGAGAGAAGGCGUUCCAGGUCAGUAUCUGUGGAUGAGAAACCACACAGAAGGAACCGAUCAUCCCCAAGAAAAGUGGAUGAAAGUAGAUCCAGGCACAAAAGGUGGUCAAGGUCAAAAUCUGUGGAAGAUAAGCGUGAUUCACUGGAGAGAUUGGAUGAAAACAGAAAUAGAAGAUUGAGGCAUAGUGAUAAAAGGCACUCCAGAUCAAGAUCUACAGAAAAUAGGGAUCAAAUUGAUGUCAGAGAGGAUGAAAACAAAAAUGAAAAGUCAAAACAUCGUGAUGCAAAAAGAAGCAGGUCAAAAUCUGCUGAAGGGAAGCACCAUUCGAAAGAUAAAUUGGGUGAAAACAGAGAUAAGAAAUCAAAGCAUCGUGAUAGAAGGCGUUCAAGGUCAAUAUCAUUAGAAGGUAAGCAUGACAAAGGAGGCACUUCACCCCAUAUGAAUUUGGAUGAGAGAAGUUUUGAACUGAGACAAUCUUGGAGGUCAAAGUCCCCUGAGGGCAAGCAUCACUCCAGUGAUAAAUAUGGAAGUAGAGGUGAAAAAUCGGAGCAUAAAAGGAAAACCCCAUCUAAAUCAAAAUCAGAUCAAUUUGAUGGGAGUGGGCCCUUCCAAGGAAAUUUCAAGGAGUAUGAUUCAAAAGGAAAAUCACAGUCUGAUUCUGGAUCUGCGGAACUUAAGCAUCAUUUGAGUGAUGGAGAAAAUGGUACAAGUGAAGAAGAACCAAAACUCCAUGGAGAUGCCUUGCAAGAAGCAAUUAUAAAUGUGAAGGACUCAACGAUCCUGAAUGAUAAUGGGAUGCUGAUUUCAGUGAAUGGUAGCUUCAAGUCAGAAGGGUCAAAUGAAAAUACUGGAGUUGAUGAUAACCCAGGAUGGAUAUGCGUGGAAGAAGUGGGAAAUGGAAAAUAUUAAGCAAACUUGGCUUGGAGUGAUGGUUCUAAAUGAUAUCAAAGAUUCUACCUGGCUUUUUGAUAAUGCUAACAAUAUAGCUGAGUAUUAAUUUCUAUUAUUUGAUCUUGAAUCAGAAGAACUUAGAAGGCAAGGAUAAUUGAAGUUUCCUACUUAUAAAUGCUGAUCGGAGAAGUGGUGUCACCCAAAGCUUCUAUCACUUGUGGUUGAAGAUUUCUGCACCUGUCAUGAUUAUGGGAUAAGAGCAUAUUCUAAUUAAGGAUUCUCAUUUAGGUUUCUUGAACAAGUUCUUUUGAAGGAAUAUACUGUUUCUUAGGAGGGCUGCAAUUCUAAGAGGACUAUGCCUCCACUAUUUGAUUGGUCUCCAGAAUAUUCUCUGUUGCCUUAUGAACAUCUUCUAUUGUGUAUUUCCUUUUGCAGGUUGGGUUGGAAAAGAUCAGGUGUAGAAUCCAACAGCUGUUGGUGUGGUUAAGGUUUCAAGAAGUGUCCUGCUUUUGUCAUGAUCAACUGUGCAGCGCUUAUAUCAUGCUUCUUUUACUGCUUGAUUGAUGUAUGUUGGAAUGUUAUUUUAAGUAUACUAUUCUUUUUUAUUAAAGGUAAUUUUUGCUAUGUUUGGGUUUUUAUAUUUAUUUUUAAAAUUUGAUGGUA